GGCCAAAACUGAAUUUGCUGGUCCUUCCAGCUGCAGCUCUCCUCCUCGUCAUCUACAUCCAUCCGUAACAUCAUCGUCCUAGUUGUCGUCCUCUUAUUGUCCUCUUUGAUAUUCUCUCCCUUAUAGUGAAAGGUAUACCCGAAUAGAUUCAGUUUACCGCUCAAGAACUUGCCUUAUCGUUUGCCUUUACAGCAUACCCGAAUUUCACUAUGUCUCACGGGUCCUAUUCUUCUCACUCCCAAUCCAUCAUGACCGAAGACGAAGAAGACUGGGAGGACUACGUCAAGGGUGGCUAUCAUCCUGUUCACAUCGGUGACUCCUUUUCAGAAGGAAGGUAUAUCGUUGUUAGGAAACUCGGUUGGGGCCAUUUCUCAACAGUAUGGCUCGCAAAAGACACAAAAAUGAAUCGCCACGUCGCACUCAAAAUCGUAAAGUCCGCGCCUAGGUACACAGAGACCGCUCUUGAUGAGAUCAAGUUACUCCAACGUCUGAUCACAUCUAACACCCUUCCCCAACCCCCAACCCCUGAUAAUCCAAAUCCUCCCCCAUCCCAUGCCCACACACAUCCCGGCCGAUCACAUGUUAUGUCUUUUUUGGAUCACUUCCGACAUAAAGGUCCAAACGGCACUCACGUCUGCAUGGUUUCUGAAGUCCUCGGUGAAAAUCUACUCGGCCUCAUCAAACGACAUCAAAACAAGGGCGUCCCCAUGCACCUCGUAAAACAGAUCGCGAAACAAGUCCUCCUUGGCUUGGAUUACAUGCACCGUUGUUGCGGUAUAAUUCACACUGACUUGAAGCCUGAAAACGUUCUUAUUAGUAUCGAUGACGUUGAAUCUAUUAUCCAGACAGAGCUUGCCGCAUCGGCUAAUGCCACAUCACCGCCCACCCGACUCGUCGGCGUCCCGCCUUCCAAAGGUCGGGGCGGCAACCAAACGCCUCGCUCCGAAUCGGUUUUCAUCACCGGAUCUCAGCCCCUACCGUCUCCGUCUUCGUCCUUCGGCAGCAGUCCCAUGUUCGACAAGCUGGCCUUCGGUAUGAGCAAGAUCGAUGGCGAGGCCACCUCCAAGCCCGGAUCUUACGGAUCUAGUUCCGUAGCAAAGGAUGGAUCAGCUGGAUCAACGGGGACAACAGGAUUGGGCCUCAUGGACGUCUCUUCCAAACGUGCAGAUUCGACAGAAGUGACUGCAGAGCGCAUCUCGACCGUCUCGCUCCAUCCAUCUGGGUUCAACAAGAUGACGACACCCCACCCUGCCCACCCCCCAGGGCCUUCGUUACUGACACAAAUGGCCCCCUCCCAACCCCCAGUCACAACAUCCUCUCAACCACACGCUGCGUCGACGUCCAAGUCACUUGUAGAUUCUAACAAUGUCGAUCCAAAGCUAUCCAGCUCUGUCAUGUCCAUGGAUUCAGUACUAGCAGAGACAUCAACAACAUCAAGCCUGCUCGAGAGCACCGCGAAGAUCACGGUCAAAAUUGCGGAUCUUGGGAACGCCACCUGGGUCGAGCACCAUUUUACAGAUGAUAUCCAGACGCGGCAAUACCGGUGUCCAGAGGUCAUUCUAGGCGCCAAGUGGGGGACUAGUGCGGAUGUGUGGAGUGUUGCGUGCGUGAUAUUCGAACUCAUAACCGGCGGAGACUAUCUCUUCGAUCCCGCGCCAGGCCCCCGGUACAGCAAAGACGACGACCACAUCGCCCAGAUCAUAGAGCUGCUGAAAGAAAUCCCGAGGUCAGUCGCGUUUUCUGGAAAGUAUAGCUCAGAGUUCUUCAACCGGAAAGGUGAACUACGGCAUAUCAACAAGCUCCGGUUCUGGCCCCUCGAAGCGGUAUUACACGACAAAUACCUCUUCCCGAAAGACGAAGCCGACGCUAUUUCCGCCUUCCUCACUCCGAUGCUCCAAUUGCACCCCGAGCGUCGUGCCAAAGCCUUUGAGCUCGUGCACCACACCUGGCUCGAUGCUAUAACGGUGCAAGGCGAGAUCGACGUCAUCCGCCGGGCCGAAGAAGAAGAAGCGACGAAACGCAAGUCGUCGCAACAGCUUGAGAACUCGAAUGCGCUUGAUGCUGAUGAGGUGGAUGCUAUGAAGCCGGUUGGGGAGGCGGGUGGUGGGAGUGAUGAUGGGACGCAGCAGCAGGCGGCACAACCUGGGCCUGGGCCUGGACCGCAUCAGGCGCCUAUACUCUCUGCGCCUCCUGUUCCGUCAUCGUCUACUGCCAAGGAGAACACUAAUGCCCCGUCGUCCAAGUCGUCACAUAUCCGGUAAUCAAUUCAUUCUCGUGCCUGUUCCUGUUCCUGUUCCUGUUUUUGUUACACCACCACCUACAUAUACCGUAGCACGUCUUUUCUUCUUCUCUCUCUCUCAUCUCUUACCAUCCAUCCAUCAUAGUGUGUUGCUAUCUCACAGUACUAGUCUCAGAUUGUCUGUACCCAUAGACCGCGACGCGAUGAACAUUACUUACUUAGUGCUUACC